AUGGCUCCAGCUCCAGAAUCAGUAGCAGCGGCGAAACCGUCGCUGACCUCCAACGACUCGGCCGUUCUCCAAGCUCUCUUCGAUGCCGAAUCGUCUCCGUCCAACGGUAUCAAAACCGACUCGACGCUCCCUCAGCUACCACACUUCUCAGAUGCAGACGUCCAGUCUCUGAAACAGCGGGAAGUCGACGCCCUUCGACCCCUGCAGACCUCCAACGAAAACUUAACACCGGAGAUAAUCCAAACGGCCAUAGCUCAGCUUUCGGGGAUUAUCGAGGAGAACCCCAACUAUGCGCCAGCUUACCUAAAUCUCGCACAAGCUCUACGUCUAUGGAUCGACACCGACACGCAGACCCAGCCGGAUGGACCUCAGAUCACCCCGCCACGUUCAAACCUGCUCUUCGACAAUUUGGCCAAAACCAUUGCUCUGCUGACCCCUUCGUCGUCGACGGAUGCCAUCUCUCCCUUCCAUUCUCGCAUCCUCGCCAACGCUCACACCCAUCGGGCAUACAUACUCUACAAAGCUGCCCGCUCAAAGGACGAGAAGGAGAAGCAGCAUCAUCGACGAAACCUGCUGCCGCCACAGCUCCAGGACGUUUCGGAUGAUCGUCUGGAGGAGCUUGCGAGCUAUGACUUCCAGAUCGGUGGACGAUGUGGUAACGAGGCAGCCAGGCAGAUGGCUGUUGGCACCAACCCGUACGCAAAGAUGUGCGGUGCUAUCGUGAAGGAUGCGAUUCAGGCCGAGAUUAAACAGUGGAAUGAGAGCCGGACUUGA